UGUAUUCGUCUCAAAACUUCACAUAUCCUUCGCGGGGACAUUACCUACUUGUGUACACGGCAGUGGACUGGAAGUUUUCCGAGUUUUUAAAUAGUUUUUCCCGGAAAAAUCUGAUACAUAUCAUUAGAUCGUAAAUAAGUAAACAAUAAUCGGUACUAUCGAAACAUAUCAUUAGGCUAAGCUAGGGGAAAAACGUUGUCUAAAGAAGAACAUUCAAGUUGUCCGGGAAGUUUUCGAUUUCGUCAUGGUGAGGUAAAACUACCUAUUUGGAAAGUGUUUCUGGAGCUGAUCGGGGAGAGAAAAAAAUAGGGGAACGAACUUUCAGUGCGGGUGCAGAAAUUGAGGGUGGAUUUGUGGAUUAAAUUGCAGGAGUUUCCGAAACUGUAAAUUUUUUUUCGGCCAUUUGAACCGACUAUCUUGUUCAAAAAUAUAGAACUUUUCACUAUAAGAUAAUUGUCAGGAAGACGUCCUUCGGGAUUAUGCGACUAUCGUGAAAAUUGUGAAGCAAACAUUAUCAUCAUACAUAUCACUAGGUUUAUCCUAGGCUAUCAUAUCUGUGUUAAUCGAUGUAAACAUAUCAACUUUUGAAAAUAGUUUAAGGAAUACAAGUUGAAUUUUAAAAUUCAACAGAAAGCUUAUAUAAUAGGAAUCAUUGAAAUUUGACAUUUAUAUAACGACGUCAAAGACCGAAUCAUCAAAAGAGAACAUAAAUAGAAGCGGAAAUCGCCAAACAAAGUAAGAAACAACAAGCGCGCCACUGUUUGUUUGACUGUUUGGUAUUAUUGGGCUGGAAAGCAAAGACAGAGUUGGUUUCGUGUGAAAUUUUUGGAUGCUGUGCACAACGGAAUCGACACAUGGUGUUCGAUUCAAUAGUGCGUCCAUAAACUCCGUCACCAUUUCGUCGACCGUGGUGAAACGAAGGCCAGCGCCGCAGAUCACGGUAGCGAGCGCCCUGCAAGUCCUAUCGCCCAAGAGAUUGUGCACAACUUCAUUGGCCGGUGCAGCGGCAAUUCCGGCCUUAGGUAACUGUCUCGUGCCCGCCCAUCCACCAGCAGCUGCAUCUGCGGCCACGGCAGCGGCCCUCUUACAACAACACCAGCAGCACCAGGUACAGGUUCAGGCUCACCAGUACCAGCAACUGCAACAGCAACAGCAACAACAACAGCAUCAUCAACAACAGUUGCAACACCAGCAACAACAGCAUCAACAACAGCAACAACAACAACAACAACAGGUCAAGCUACAGAACCAGCUGCUCGAAUCGGCCGCCGUUCCCCUAGUGGCGAUCAGCUCCAGUUCCGGCCCAAGCAGUAUGUUCACAUCGCCAAUCGUUGCCCAGUCCAAUCAGCCCGUCAAUACACAGUCCAUCAACGGAUCGCUCGGAGUGAACGCCGCCAACAACAAUCACACCUUGGGACAGUCGCCAAACAGCCUAGCAGGAGGAAACCCCAAAAUGGAUAACUCGAUGGGACAAAUGACGCAGAUGGCACCACUGGCGCUGUCGCAGAGCAUGGAUUCGGUGAAUACGGCUAGCAACGAAGAAGAGGUGCGCACUCUCUUCGUCAGCGGCCUCCCGAUGGACGCAAAACCCCGCGAACUGUAUCUGUUGUUCAGAGCCUACGAAGGAUACGAAGGAUCGCUGCUGAAAGUCACGAGUAAAAAUGGUAAAACGGCAUCGCCCGUUGGUUUUGUCACGUUCAGUACUCGUUCAGGAGCCGAGGCCGCCAAGCAGGAUCUUCAGCAAGGUGUACGCUUCGAUCCUGAUAUGCCCCAAACAAUACGCUUGGAAUUCGCCAAGAGUAACACUAAAGUGAGCAAACCAAAACCACAACCUAAUACAGCGGCCACAGCUGCACAUCCUGCAUUGAUGCACCCACUUACUGCUGGACACUUAGGUACUCCGUUUUUUCCUGGGGGCCACGAGUUAUGGCAUCAUCCGUUAGCGUUCUCGGCAGCCGCCGCUGAAUUGCCGUCGGCCGCAGCCCUGCAGCAUGCCACCCUGGUACAUCCGGCUCUGCAUCCUCAGGUUCCGCAACAAAUGCAAAUGCCACCACAUCCAACCGCCAUUCAUCCAGCAUCGAUGCACGUCUCGGCCGGCUUGCCAGCAAACCACUUUUUGCCUAGUCCGGCCCUGGCGAGCCCCGUUGGCAGCAGCACCGGCGGGGGCAGUCAGCCUCCGAAUCCGCCGCUCGCCGCCAACGCUCCCUGCUCGACGCUGUUCGUUGCUAACCUCGGCCAGUUUGUAUCCGAGCACGAGCUCAAAGAAAUAUUCUCUAGUCUACCAGGCUUCAAUCGCCUCCGUUUGCACAGUAAGGGCACAGCAGCUGUUGUUACUUCUAUUGUUUCUCCUGCUACCACCAUUAUCACCAGCACCAAAAACAUCACCACCAACAACAAUGGCCACCACAUCAUGAAUGGCACCGAGUAUAAUCCCGCAAACUAUGCCGCCAUCGCCAAUGGAAUAAACAAUAACCAUAUCAACAACACAGGCACCGCUAAUGGUUACGUUCCGGUGGCGUUCGUUGAGUUUAAGGACGUGAACAGUGCUGCCAGCGCCAUGACAGCUCUGCAGGGCAAAUAUCUGCUCUCGUCGGACCGUGGUGCCAUGCGGAUCGAGUUUGCCAAAUCCAAAAUGGCGGCGGCCUUCUAGGCCUUCCCCGAAGGCAAGAGAUAACGGCACCCGUGCACUUUUCUACCAGCACCAAACCACCACCACCAUUUGCACCUCUGCACUACUACUACUACUAAGUAAUUGCAAACUACCACCACCACCACCAACUAAUUUUCCUACACAGUGCGGAGAGCAAAAACUUUGACUAGUGGGAGCGGGUUUGGAACCAAGAAUGGAACACCAUUUGGGGAAGAAGAGUGAACGAACCGAUCUCAACACCUAUCUAAUGGCAACAACUUGACCCCAUCAGCAACAUCAGCAAACCCAUCAACAACACCAUCAUCAUCAUCAGCAUCAUCAUCAUCAACAACAGCAGCAACAGCAUAUGCAAACAUCACCGACCUACAGCAACGGAACAGCAACGACCCCAACGGCAACUGUCGGAACCAAUGGCGGCGGAUUCGGAUACGGGAACUGUGCCCAGCAGCGAUACCAAAGUGGCGGUAUCAGUCCGGCUGGCGGUGCCAGUUUCGGCACCUUUGGCAACACCGGCUGCAACAAUAACAACCACAACAACAACGGACUCUACGCAAUUGCGGUUCCGCAACCUCGUGCAUGAACUGCGUGAUCUAUACUUAGGAUUUUCAAGUUUUGUUUUUCGAGUAUAUUUUUGACGGUUAUCAUACGAAGCCACACACAUAAACACGCCUACACGUCUGUUAAAUGUGUUGGUAGGUUAAGAGGAUACACACAGCUAAUUUUCCACGGGUUGGGAAACUACAUUUGUCUUUCUAUCUCUCUCUAUUGUAGCGAAAUCGCGUUGAGUUUUUAAAAUGAUUGUAAGAUAGCGUGAUUGUAGGAGAGCGACCCAUGAAACCUUUCUCAAAAUAAACCAAAAUGUGCCCUAAACCAAUUUUUGAACGAAGACGUGUGAAGCAACUAAUAUAAACAUACUUUGUUGAUAUCUUUUUAGUACCACUUUUUCUGUUAUCUGUUGUUAUCGAGAGCUAAAAUUAUGGACACGAGGGAAUAACAAAGAAGAAAAAAACACACGGGAAGACAAACAAAAACUGUUAAUAAAUGUGAUUAGGGUUUCAAAACAACAAAUAUGCGACAGCUUUGUUCUGGGUAUGAAACAAUGAAAUCUGAAACAGUAGAUUGUAGAAAACAUUUAAAAAAACUGAAAACGAACACAAGCAAACAAGCAAUACUAUUGUAAAUGAAAAUAUCCAUGCAUAUCAAAGAUUUAUAAAUCUACCCCUCGAAGAGAACUUUUAUGAAAAGAAUGAUAGUUUGUAAAACAAAGUGUAGGUAUUACAAGAAAAAUGAUAAACUACCGAUACAGUUCGAAGAACCAUCCCGUAUCCAAGGCUGCAUUGUGAGAAGGAGAAACAAGAAAAAAAAACAACAAAAGAUCGCGACAUUUUCCGACAGUUUGCAGUUUUUUGCGUAGGCGGUUCUGUGCGUUGCGUCUGUUUACGAGUAUUUUAUAAUCAGUUUGUCCCAUCGUAUUUCAAAUAUGUAUAUGCGGCAUUAUCAGAAGCUAGAAGCAGUGUAAAUUUUAAGCUAACCUUACGCGCAUUCCCUGUAACGAUCCCGUACUCCCCCUACACACACUUAGAAAGCAUAAGGCAUAAAUUAGAGAGAAUUAAUCAUACACAAACACACUACCAAAACUAAACAAUUGUAACCAACCAAACGUAAAAGUUAAUGCUGAUUACGCCAACAACGUAUAGAAAUAGUCCCCCGAUCCCUGUUGACGGAUUUUCUCCACGAUUCACUUAUGUGUGUAUCUGGAACCCCUUAAGGUAAACCCCAGGGCUAGAGGCACCAAACAAGCUUCACUCUCCGGAGAAGGAUUUGGCAAACCAGUUACCGUCAAUUAUAUUGUAGAAUUAAAAAAAAUCAGAUGCAAACACAAAGCAGGACACCAAAGAACAAGAAACAGCAACAGCCAAGUUCCUAUGGAAGGCGCGAGUAAGGAGCGAGAAACUUCAACGACAAUGCAAAAAUGACAACAACCUGCGGAGAAGCUUGCGCACAGCAGAACGAUACCAAAGCAGAAGCAGAGCGAAGACGACGAUAAUGCUGAAUUGUUUGUUGUUGAAUGGGAGGAACCUAACUAGGAAAAUAUGAAUAUAGAAUGUUAAAGUUGGAUGUAGUACGUAUGUAGGUAGAGAGCAAAGGCUUAGGCAAGUGGAACAUCUCGUGACUCUAGACUUGAGGUUCCUUGAGGCUUCGGAAAUCAAUAGAAGUAUACUUUGAUAGAAACAUGUUACGAUGAAUGAGAGCCUUGGGAUUUUUAAAAAUUAUGUUGGCUUUCAGAAACUGGUACUUCAAUCAAAAAAAUCUUGAACAAUGAGUUCAAUCCAUCGAAUCUCAAAUAGACAUUUCAUCCCAAGGUGAUCACGAGUAAAACAAAAAAAGAAUCCAUACAUAACCCUCCCAUUAUACCCCCACCCUCCUCUUUCCUUUUCACACAUACACAUACAUUGUAGGAAAAGAAAAAUACAAGUAUCUAGGCAAUAAGUAGUAAAACUGUUUUCGGUGUUUGAUUUAGUGAGUGAAUUUACUUGUAAGUAUUCUCUAUCAAUCAUGAUAUGCUAACGAUGAAACAAAAUAUCACCGAAUCGCUAAGCUAGUUGUUGGAUCGCUUUAUCGGUGAGUGUUUUGUUGAGUUCUCAGAGCUCGAAAGGCGCGCCGAUAAAACAGGAGCCAAUGAACGUAAGAAGAAAAGAUAGGAACAGAACGGUCAAGAUUCAGGAGCAUUCCUGAAAAGAAGAGAGAUUAGCAUUCGAGGAGGUGGCUUGGAAGAGAACGCAAGCGAAAGAGAUAAGAAUAAUCAUUCCGUCCAAUACAGUGUGUAGUUAAAUCGGAUGAGUGCGGAGCUGUUUUCAAGACGACAAUCCGCGGCUCGAUCCGACCCCUUGGAAGCGGCUCGAUUGAGAGCUCUAGCCCUGAGUGGCUGCUCUCGAUUCGGUUUCUUCCAAGUGGGAGCAAAUUGAAUACAUAUCAGCUUUUGGGUUGGCAUAGAAAACAACUUUUAAGCAUCAGCAAAUGACACAACACUUAGUUAAGAUCAAUAUGUAGUGGUUAAGUGACUUUAAAUAUUUUAAGUAGCAUUGAGCUACUACUACAAUUACUACUACCUAUAUACUACCGGACUACUUUGAUGACUAAUUGCAACAAAAAAUAAUAAUAAUAAAAAAAACUGCUUACAAAAGCUACUGUUAAUGCCCAUCAAAUUCGCAUCAAAGUUUUACUUAGUUUCGUUUAACCCUAGUGGGAAAAACGUUCUGGAAUUUACGGUAGAAAGUCUAGCUUGAAUGAAUGUAAUUGUAAUGAAAUAUGUGAUAAAAGUUGUAGCAAAAAAAAGUAACAUGUUAUGCAGCGUAACAGCAGCAAAAUAUACAAAAAAAUCAAAUUUGAGACCAUCCCUACUGUGGACUGUCUCAGAUGUGAAACAAAAAAAUGUUAUCUACAAAACAAAAAUCAGCAGUGAAUAAAAAAAAUCGAUUUUAUCAUCAUAUUCAACCAGAAGCAAAAAAAAAUGUAUUUUUUCACUUGUUUAUAUGUACACACAGCCAAGUGAGUGUAGAUGUAACUUUAGUAGCCGAGAAAAAUAAAGGAAGAUGAUGAAGAAAUCGUUUCAUACGAAAAACAAUGAGCGGACAAACAAACAACAACACACAUACAGACAGAGAAACACUCAACAUCGUAUAAGGAUUAACUUAAGUAACUACCACCACUACAGGCGAACUUUUUCGAGCGAUCUUUUUUCUAUCGUAGUUUUUAGUGUGACUGUCGGAUUAUUAAUCAAACUGUCAAAUGCCUUCUAGCUUUAUUUUACAACUUGUUGACUGUUUGAAAAGUACUAAGCAAACCAUUGAAUGAUCUAAACCUUCUUCAAACUGUUUGGUUAUUUAUCAGAAAAUUAUAGAAAAUAAAUUAGGAAAAAAGUAACACACGAUCCUAUCCGGUUUUUAGGUUUCGAUUUUUCAAUUCUAUAUGAUGGAUGAGCAGUAGCUGGAUAGAAAGCUAAAAAACUGAACAAAACUACAAGCAAACGAAAUUCAUUCUCAAGAUACUAUUGCAAACAAACAAAAAAAGAAAACAAAAAAUCCUAGACUAAUUAUAUGAUAAAUUAAAGAAUAUUUAAUGGGAAAAAAGUGUUACGAUAAAUCAACAAUUCAAACAUAUCAAUUUCGUGCCCGAUCAUAUUGAAGAGAAAACUUAUUGAUGACAUGUACGCAUAUAUUAAAAAAAAACAGUAGCUGACGAGAAUAUAAAAUAUAUUACCUAUACAUUUACCUACCAACUAUGGAGAAAAACAAUAUCAACAAAGAAAAAGUAAAAAGAAGGAAAAUAAUAAACCCGCUGAAAUGUGAACAUGUGAAGCAUUAUAUUGAUGUAUCUGUUCAGAUAAUAAAAACACAUGUUAUGCUAAGGUUUAAAAGCAUUAAAACAAACACUGGAAAAAAACUAACGUACUAUAUUAUCCAAAUUAAUGAUUUUUUAUUUUCAACCCACGUUUGUAUCAAAGUUGGAAGACAGCAUACGGCCAGUUAAAAAAAAAGUAAUCAAACAUUGGAAGGUACCAAAGGAUUGAAAAAGAAAAAAUCCAACCAUAUCAGAUUAUUCGUGAUUUUGACAAUCAAAUGAACCAUCAAUUAAAACGAAAAAUGAAAAAUUCCAUGUAAAUUUCGGUGCAGUGCUGCCAAUGUUACAAAUUCUCUUUAUCGAUGAUGGCUUUUCGGACCGUGUCUUCCAAUUUUUUCGACAAGUGGGUUCUCCGAUAGACUUUUUUCUUUUCUUCUCUUUCUACCCUCGAAUUCGAUGAUGAUGAAUAAAAUUAACCAAAGAUUCGUAUUUUAUUAUUUAAAUUAUUUAUUUAUUGUCUUAAAACAAAACCAAUGCUUAUUUAUAAUUAUUCUUUACUCUGACAUAAACAAAAUCUUUAAGCAAAUAGAACAUGAGAAUUUUUUCUAGUAAUACUACUACAUUACAAUUAAUAAGAAUAACAGUGAAUAUAUUUAGCUAUAGCGUAUGUAGUACAAUGUAAUGUAAUAUCUAGAAGGAAAAAAACCCUAGCAGGAUGUUAAUUAAUACCAAUUCAACUAGAACGAAAGACUCUUUGGAAAAGGAUUUUCGAUUACCAUAAGAAAUUGGAAAAAAGGAAAAAGAAGCAAAUAAGGCGUGAUUGUUGUGCAAAAGAAAAACAAACAACAGUGAUUCACGGAGAGUUUACACGCGAUUGAAAAAAGUGCUAAUAAACCAUCUACUUGCCAGCUCCUUGAUCAGAAAUACACAUGGAUUAAGGCGAAAAAAACAUAAACGAUUGAUAAGCCCAUUCCUUUUGACUCGUUGAAAAUGAAGUCAAGCAAAGCAAAAAAAAAAGUACUAACAAGAAUAACAUGCUAAGUUACAGCAAUUACAAGCAAUUAAACUUUAUGCUAUCUCACUUGUUUUGUUUAUACACGUAACAGAUUCGAUAUAACUAACAAGAAAACAUAAGCAAAGUCAUGAAACAUCGCAAACGAGAACUUUAAAAACAAAAACAUACCCAAACUAUGAUAUCUGUUAUACAUUUAUAGUGUGGAGGUUGAGGAAAAAAAACAACAAAA